CCUCUCAAUUUGCUUUUCUCUUCCAUUUCAAAUCUAUCUCUCGAAUCUUCCUCCUCGUAUAUUUAUUUUCAUUAUAUUUAUAACAGUUUUGCAUAUUUAUGACCAUAAGAAGUCAAAAUUUAUCAACAAUCAACAAACCAUAGACUCUGAAGUAAAAAUGGAGCAGUAAUGGAGUUGCACUAUAUUUCCUUCUGUAUAAUUUCUAUUUAGUAAGUGCAUGUAUGGUAGUUGAUUCAACCAUGAGAACAACUUUGAUUGCCAUUUUGCUUUUGUUACUUGCCAUAGCAGCCGCUGAAGUUAGCUUCUGCCAUGGAAGCUCUGAUGUGGGUUGCAUUGAAACUGAGAAACAGGCUCUUUUAAGGUUCAAACAAGGUCUCGAAGAUGGUUCGAACAGGCUUGCCUCUUGGAAUCGAAGUAAUGGAGAUUGUUGUCAAUGGGCUGGUGUUGUUUGCGACAACUUUACAGGCCAUAUCCUGGAACUUCACCUCAGGAAUCCUUUCAAUGUAAUUUUACCCGAUUUUGGGAAUUUAGCUGAUCCUGACGCUUAUUGGAACUCCAGGUUGGUUGGUAAGAUAAGCCCUUCUUUGCUUGAUUUGAAGCAUUUGAUUUACUUGGACUUAAGUGGCAAUGACUUUCAUCAAGAAAUUCAGGUUCCUGGAUUUCUUGGUUCUUUGAGUAACUUGAGAUAUCUGAACCUCUCUCAAACCGGAUUUCGAGAAACGGUUCCUCACGAACUUGGAAAUCUCUCCAAUUUGCAGUACCUUGACCUCAGCUAUAAUCUUCUUCAAGGUCCACUCCUUGAAGGAUUUCAAAAUUUGACUUCUCUUAAACAUCUAGACUUGUCUCACAACGAUUUCAAUUCUUCAAUACCCGAUUGGUUGUAUAAAUUCAGCAGUCUUGAGUACCUUUCUCUUGGCUUCAAUAUCUUGCAAGGUAGGCUUUCAAGAUCAUUUGGAGGACUCUGCAAUUUGAAGUUCAUUUAUCUGUCACAAGUCAAUUUGACUCAAGAUAUAUCUGAAAUCCUAGAUGUUUUUUCAGAAUGUAUUUCAGAUAAGCUCGAGUCACUGGAUUUAAGGGAAAAUAAACUUUUUAGCCAUCUGAAUAAUCAGUUCCAGCAAUAUAAAAAUUUGGGUUCUCUUUAUCUAAGCCAGAACUCCAUCUCCGGCUAUAUUCCUUCAUCUUUAGGAGAAGUUUCAUCUCUCAGAUAUCUGGAUCUUUCCAACAAUGAAUUAAACGGUACUAUUCCAUCUUCUUUAGGAGAAUUGUCAUCCUUGAAAGUGCUUCAUCUUUCAUAUAACAGACUGAAUGGUCUCAUUCCAUCAUAUUUCGGAAAAUUGUCUUCUAUUGUAAAUUUGGACCUUUCAAAUAAUGAAUUGAAUGGUUCUAUUCCAUCCUCUUUAGGGUCACUUCAAUUCUUGAAAGAUUUAUAUCUUUCUAAAAACAAACUGAAUGGUCCAGUUCCAUCCUCUUUAGGGCAGCUCUCAUCGUUGGAAGUUUUAGAUCUUUCUAGGAACAAUUUGAAUGGCACUCUUUAUCCAAGUCAUUUUGCCAAUCUUAUCAGACUUAGCAGUUUUGAUUUAUCUCAUAACUCAGUUGAGUUGAACCUGAAUUCUGAUUGGGUUCCUCCUUUACAGCUUGAAAUAUUGAGUUUGGCAUCUUGUCAUUUAGGGCCUCAGUUUCCAUUUUGGCUUCAUUCACUCAGGAAUUUAUUUGAUCUAAAUUUAUCUUACACUGGAAUUGUAGACACUGUUCCCAGUUGGUUUUGGAAAUCUGCUUCCCAACUGACUUUCUUAGAUCUUUCUCACAACCAACUACAUGGGGAGAUUCCAAAUUUAGUUGAGGCUACAUUUCGAUCAUCGAUCGACUUGAGUUCGAAUAAUUUUUCGGGUUCUUUGCCUCGGAUGUCUUCCAAUAUAACUAGACUGGAUCUUUCUAGUAAUGUCUUGUCUGGAUCAAUUUUUCAGUUCUUGUGUUAUGGUAAUGAGUCUAGAGAAAUGAAGAUUCUGUUUCUCAGAGAUAACCUUUUGUCUGGAGAAUUGCCUGAUUGUUGGACGAAUUGGCCAGAUUUGCUAAUCCUGAAUUUUGAGAAUAAUAAAUUCACUGGCAGCCUCCCUAACUCAAUGGGAACUUUAACUUCCAUUGAGUCAUUGCAUCUUCGCAAAAACAGCCUCUCUGGAACAAUUCCAGAGUCAAUCUUAAAUUGUACAGAGCUGGUAGCUUUUGAUGUUGCUGAAAAUGAACUCACUGGAAAUGUUCCACUGUGGUUGGGUGAAAGAUUUUCAGAUAUGGUAAUCCUCAACCUUCGUUCAAACAAAUUUCAUGGCCCUUUACCAUCACAACUUUGUCACAUGACUUCCUUGCAAAUUCUGGAUAUUGCUCAUAACAGUCUCUCUGGAACUAUACCGAAAUGUAUCAGUAACUUCAGUGCUAUGGUGAAAGUGGACUACUCUGCAGACAACCGUAUAUUCCAUUUUGUUGAUUUUGUAGGAGGGAUUUCUGAGGAUGAGCUUCUUAUUUUGAAAGGGAGAGGGACUGAAUAUGAUAGCACCCUUAAUUUGUUAAGGAUUAUAGAUCUCUCUAGCAAUAAUUUUUCUGGAGAGAUUCCAGCAGAAGUGACAAAACUGGAAGCAUUGCAGUCUUUGAAUCUGUCGCACAACUUUUUUGUUGGAAGAAUUCCGGAGAAGAUUGGUGCCAUGAGAUCAUUAGAAUCAAUCGAUUUUUCUACAAAUCAGCUGUCUGGUGAAAUCCCACAAAGCAUUUCAGAAUUGACUUUCUUGAGUCAUUUGAACUUGUCCAACAACAAUUUGAUGGGGAAAAUCCCUCUAAGCACUCAAAUUCAAGGCUUUGAUGCAUCCUGUUUUGCUGGUAAUGAACUUUGUGGAUCCCCACUUCCUAAGAAUUGUACUGACAUUGACUCAACAUCUGUUAUUGAAAACCAAGGAGAAGAAGAUGAAAACAGAAAUGAAGUGAAUUGGCUGUACGUGAGCUUGACCCUUGGAUUUAUAGUGGGCUUCUGGAGUUUCAUUGGUCCUCUAAUUGUCAGCAGAAGAUGGAGGUGUAUGUAUUGUAGUUUCCUGGAUUACCUUGGGAAUAAGCUUUGUAGUGUUGCAAAAAAAUGUUGCUAGAUAUUACUAAUGUUUGGAGCUUGUACAAUUUUAUGCACUUCUAAGAAUUAUAAUAAGAAACAACAGUAUUCUUUCUUUGAGCUUGAAA